AUGGCUGCAUGGAGUUUAUUCCCGUAUUCCAUUUCAGGAUAUGCGGACCUUAAAGGUAUCUCUGUUAUAAAGACUACGUACUCCAACUUAGAUUCGUCAUUCUUCAACGAGACUCCUCGAUCCAAAGAUUCUUCCGGAUUCAUUAUGCCUCCUGAUCCUGAGCUUGUCUUGGACUCGAAGCGCAAAGAAACGCUACAUGAAUUUCUCGAAGUGCUAAGGGAGCUUGUCGUUCGCGACUCUGCGACAGUUGAGGAGAAACCGCAACAGAGUACAGACAAGAAACAAUAUCCGGCUAGCCCGGAAGAAAAACUCGUUUUAGAAGGUAUAGAGACCUUCACGAAUUUUGAGAAGCGCGUAGAAAGAUUGGACAAAGAGCUCCGUAAUUUUGAUAACGGCGCCCGUCAAUUGGGCAGCUCGGCAGCACUGCUACUCGCUGCAUCCAGACUUCGUGAACGGCUCGUCCGACUUUUGUUCAUCUUCCGCGACAACGCAGCCAAUCUAUUUCCUCGGAGGAUCGCACGUCAGUCCAAAGAAACGCUUGUGAAUCCAAACAUCGUGGAUCGACGUGGCAAGGCUCAUUCCGAAGCUGUCAAAUUUCAAGCAUUCAUAGCGGAAGAUGGAUUGGCGACUGAAGCCAUUCCCCAGGAAUUGGAUGGUUUUGCGCGAGAUCUGCGCAUGCUAUUGCAUAGUUUGAACGAUUUCCCUGAGUUCAGGGAUGAUGCGGUGAAUAGUUCCAUCCACGCCUUCGCAGCAGAACUCGAAUAUCGGGCUUCCUGUCUGACGGAGUAUAAAGGCUAUUUUCGGCUUGCUUCUGUGCAACAAUACGUGCACGGACUUACAGCGGAAAUCGGAAGUCAUAUUGACGUUGUAGCAUCGAAUUUGGCGAUGUUCAUAGAUAUCGGUGUCCCAACCAUUCAGCUUUCACAACAAUAUGCGGCCGCUAAUCUUUCUAAUCUGGCAACAUUUGGUACGAUAUUUUCGGGUGUCACCGCAACACUUUUACAGCUAUCAUAUGAUCACACCAACACUAAGCUGGCAGUAUCUGUAAAUGCAUUUUGGUUUUCGUCGCUAGUCUUCAGCGUCGCAGCGAUAGCGACCAGUCUACUUGGUUUGGCAUGGACGCAGGCCAUACACCGCUCGCCAAACCACAGAGUACCCUGGUGGGUAUUGACAUGGAUCAGACGAUCACCUCUUGUGUUACUCGUCAAUGCAGUUAUGUUCUUUUUUGUGGGGCUCAUAUUGGUCACAUACAUGAUAAGUAAUAAUAUGGUCACGCCCAUCCUGAUCACUAUAUUCGCAACCGUUACGUCCAUCGGAUUGGCUUCUUCCUUAUGCUGGAUUGUAUCAGAACGAUUUGUAUCUAUACACCAUCAAGGUCACAUAUGGCUAGAGGACCUCAUGUUGGAAACAAUCAGACAUAUCACUGCGCCCAUACGGACGAUCACCCGCCGUCUUUACUCAGGUUUCCGUGGACUUCCUUUGUACGUUCGGCGACCCCCUCCUGCCAGAUUAUCUGAGAGAACGACAGAUGAUGAACCUGUCCAGAGCGCAGCCCCGACCUCAUGCGGCGUCUCUAUAGUAUCUCCCUCUUCUCUGGAGGAUGUGGUAUCGAUUGUCUCGGAGGGAACGGCAGACGAACAAGAUGAGGCUAGACGAUCUCGUGCUCGAGAACGCUUCAAGAGGGCUGUUCGAACCGUUAUAUCGAUGCAGUCAUACCCGAGAACUUACGGCUCGCAAUCUCUCGAUUGGAUGCUGCAUCCAAGCCCUGCUUCCCGCACCCCUUCCAUAAGAGGAAAAGUGAUUCGACGUUAUGGUCUCUCUACUCUCUCUCAGAAGCUGCAGAAUUUGGAAUGCACAGAGGACAUCUCGCCUCAUCAAGCGCUCGUGAGAGACCUCCAAUUUUCUCCGGAUGGAAAGUACCUCGCGACAGCAAGCUGGGAUAAAACAGCAUGUAUCUUCAAGGUCGCCGUAAGUGCAGAUUUGCUCAAUAGUCUCACAACAAAAUUCGAAGAACCUGACCGUCAUGUGCUUAAGGAACCGUCCGCUGAUAACCAUGUUCUUUACCAUGAGAGAGGCUUUACAGAGCAAAUACUCUGGUCUACGUGUGGUGGCCACGUGUUGACUAGGUCUCCCCGCGGCAUCAAAAUUUGGACAAAAGAUGGCGUUUGCUUGAAAACAAUCCGCCGGCCUCACAUCGUCCAGUUCUUACAAUGGGUGCCUCUUGGAGAUAUGUCCGUCCUAUCUGUGGAGGGGAGUGAAGUUGUGAAACUAGACAAAGACGGAGAGUGUAUAAUACACGUACACGUCUCUGUGAAAGGUGGGCCACCACUUGCUCGUAUCUCAAUGACAACACAUCUGACAUGCGACCCAUCAAGUCAAGUACCACUUUUUCAGGACGUAAGCGACGUAAAAUUGGCAAGAAACAACACCCACCUCCUCUUUUCGUUUGGGGAUCAGUCUCCUCCUCAGCUCUGGAAGAUGGACUUGGUCGGGGGCCGGGGUCGGGCUUCCCGUAAUUGUGCUAGACUCACAUUUCGUCACGCAUUUUCAUCUCCAGUCUCCUUUGAAUAUGUUGCAUCGACGUUUGGCGGAAAGAACGACCAGUUCAUACUCUGCGCCGGAAAAUCUGGAGAAAUCCUUAUUUGGGAUCGAGAUUCUGCUAAUCUUCUUCAUCAUAUCUAUCCUAAGGACCCUGACCAAGAUUUAACUUGUAUAUCAUGCAAUAGCCUCGCAGGCGACCCUUUCGCAUUCGCCAGUAGGCGGGCACGACGGCAGUAUUCGUAUAUGGUCCACAUUCCUAUGUCUUACUCCUAUGACUCCAAUCCAUGA